GGGGGUAUAAGUGCCUGCCAGGAUCUCCUUGAUGUACCACCUCAGGCCCUAGAUGAACUCCUUUUCGCCCAGCAAUCUGGAGACCAGGGGUGGACUGACAACUCAUGGGGCCCCAGGGCAAUAGGGAUCAUGGGGCCCCUGUGUCCUUGCCCAAGCUCAAAAAAGCCUAUGAAAAAGGUAGCAGGGGCAUCUCAUGGGGCCCCCUACUGACCCCGGGCCAUCGGGCAGUGCCCGAGUUUCCAAAUGGUCAGUCCGCCCCUGCUGGAGACUAA